UUUGAGUUGUGACUCCACACGUGUGAGCAGUAAUGAUGAGCGUGUGCUCUGUCACUGAGACUGAUCCCAACAUCAGGCAGCAGAUCUGAUCUCUUUACAGGGUCACCACUUUCCCAGAUUCACUCAGUGUUCUCUAUGAGUCCAUCUCCAUCACCCCACCCCUCCACCUGCUCCCCUGAGACAUGGAUAUUGUCCUCUGCUAGAAGAACACUGAGCAUGUGGCAGCCCUACAUUCCUCAUUGUGUGUCCAAGCUCUCCCAUUGGCUCCAAAGUGUGAGAACCUCCAACAAGCCCAAGACCCACACAUUCAUAUGGAGAUUUGGGAGUAUAAAUAGAGGAGCUGCAGCCAGUACAAAUCAGACCCACUCUACACAGAGAGAUCUACAGCACAGAGACACAGCCAUGGCACCAACCAUCACUUCAGCACUGAACAUCUCAAACGAGCACCUACCUCUGAACAACAAGCUGAGGAAGCCGAUGGUGGAGAAGAUGCGCAGAGAUCGUAUCAACAGCAGCAUUGAGCAGCUGAAGUCUCUCCUGGCUCCAGAGUUCCUCAACCAGCAGCCUGACUCCAAACUGGAGAAAGCAGAUAUCCUGGAGAUGACAGUCAGCUUCCUGAGACAACAGCAGCAGCAGCAGCAGCCUGCAUUCUCCUCCAGCUCAACAGCUGUCAAUCAAGGCUUCUCCAGAUGUGUCCAUGACAUUGUUCACUUCCUGUCUAAAGAAGAGGUGAAGACACAGAGUCAGAGAAAACUGCUGAACCACUUCCAGAAUCUGCAGCCAUCUUCAGACGAGAACAGGAGGGAAAGUGUUGUGGUUCAGCUGAGCUCUACAGAGCAGCAGAUCAUCAGCAAAGAGAAGAGUUCAGUUAAGAGCUCCCUCUGGAGGCCCUGGUGAAGAGGAGAUCAAGACUCAAAGCUGGAAACACAAGUCUAUGUGGACUUUUUAGAUUCUUUCAGAUCAUAACUGAGUUGUUAAACUUAACAUCUUAUUAUUGUCUUAUGGCAAUAGACUGAUACCUUUCUACUUCAAGAAAGAUUCCUGAAGAUUGUAGUAGAAUCCAGUUUGGAGCAAUGUCAAGAACUACAGUCUUGACAAUGCAUGUUUAUGUUAAACAUGAAUAAUAUUUAGAAACUGCUUUCAGUUUUUAGAAAGACAAACACUGUGUGUAUUGUUCUUUAUAAGAACUAUAAUUUGUAUUAUCUUUAAAUUUCACUAUUACAUUUGAGAAUAUAUUUUGAUUUUAUUUUAUCGGGACUGAUCACAUUUUAGAGAAUUGGUCACCAAUUACACUGUGAAAUACAUGUACUAUGUACAUUCUGGAUGAAUACACUAGCUUUAUAUAGUGGUCUAUAAGCAUCAAAUGCCUUCUGUGAAGGUGAUCACAUUCUGAUUAAUACAGAAUUAUUAAGCGUUAAAUUUCCAUUUAUUUGAAAUGGGAUUUUAGUGUCAGUUUAUCAAUAUGCUUCAUGUUGAUUAUUCAUCCCUUUGAGAAGUUUUACAUGUUUUUACCUUUGUAAAAGGUUUAUUUUGUACCUUUUGUGUGGUACUGUUUAUUAUGAAACAUACAUUUUGCCCUUGACAGUAUCUGUUGAGGCAUUUCAUGUUUAAUUUCUAUUGAUUAUUUCUUUUGAGAAAUAUUAAUUUUUAUUUUUUUAACAGAUUUUAGCUGUCGGAGAUGUUUUGUGUGUCUUUUGUAAAGACAAACUGUUUAAAGCUCUGUUUAAAGCUCUAUUAUGAGCACCAUGUGUAUUGAAGAAUUCUUCAAGUGACUGUUGUGAUAUAUUAUCGCAUAUUAUCUUGCCUUAACUCUAACA